AUGGACCUUAUCAACGAUAGUUGGUCACCUUUGUCAGCCUUCUAUGUCAUCAAGUCCUAUUUUACCACGUUAUGGCUAUUCACCGCAGAUGACUGCUUUUCGAUUCUCAUACCAAAUGUUGUCUGCGGUUCAGUACUAGCUCUCACGGGGAUCCCCUUUAGCUCCGACUUUCUACUACUCGAAAUUCUGGGAAGAACGCAUGUAGAUGCUGCCAUCCAGGAAGAUGCGGAAAACAAGCCGUGGCGGCCAUUGCCGUCUCAGAGAAUCUCGCAGCCGCAAAGCAAGUUGCUGCAUUGUGCCCUUCGCCCCUUGUUAUUGGUUAUCAGUGCCAUGACUGGUGGAAUAGUACCCAGCGUAUGCAUUCAGAUCCUAACUUUUGCUUACAAUGAUAUGCGGUUGGGCGAUCAAUGGUAUUUUCGAAAUUGUCUCAACGCGGGCGGUUACAUAAGUUUCCUUCUCGGUGCCAUUCAAGCUGCGCUCCACAAAUUUACCCUGAAGUAUUCGAAACUCGCUUGCAUCUGGCUGAGUCUUAUUUUUUUUGCGGUGACGACUGGCAUCCACGCCAUGGAUUUGUAUGAUAUGUCCGGGGACUUGAAGCGAGGUCGACGAACUGUUCCUAUCGCCAUGGGUGAAAGAUGUGCGAGAAUCACAAUUGUCAUUUCCGUUUCUGUAGUGUCUCUCAGUGCUGCAACUACAAUUGGAGUGUCAUCUUUGAGCUCGGUACCAGUCAUUGCAACUGCAGCUGUGAUUGUGAGGAGAUUGUACAUCGCAGACGAACUCAAUGAAAGAGCACACAAAACCACAUUUAAAAUUUGGUGUUUAUGGAUUGGCCUCCUUUAUCUGCUCCCAGCGUUACACAAUCUGAGCUUCUACUUACAGAGCUCAUGCUAA